GAGAAAUAGUAAAAACUUUUCGUAAGGGUUUGCUCGGACACAAGCAUAUAUCUCAGGAAAUAAUUCCAGAUCAAGUGCAAUGUUAUAUGGAGAUUUAUAAGCAUUGCACUUCAUAUAACAAUUAUUUGAAUUAUGAAGAGUUAUCCGAAGAUAUUAAACUCUUAUGGGAAGAAUCCAAGAAGUCGUCACUCUGCAAUUUUUCUAAGCUACCUGAUGAAAUAAUAAUUAAAAUAUUGGGGAAUUUAGAUUUAAAGUCAUUAUGCCGUGUGAGUGGUGUAAAUAAACGCUUUAAUUAUUUAUCACGAGAUACUCAACUUUACAAAAGUCUGAACAUACGAAAUAUACAUUACACGUAUGAGCGCUUUAAUUUCGAUGAUAUAUUUCUUUACUUUGCACCCAGAUGUAAAUAUUUGACACAAUUGGAUUUGUCAUACUGCGACUUUUCCGUUGCAAACUUUAAUACAUUCCUUGCUACUUGCGGCAAAUUUAUAACGAAUUUAAAAUUAAAUUACUGCACAUUUAUCGACAAUUCUGCUGUACUUCAAAUUUCCAAGAUAUGCAAGAAUUUAAAAGGAUUGGAUUUAAAUACUGUUAAUAGUCUAAAAUUCACAGAAUUAUCUCAUCUUGCAAAUUUAAAGUUUCUUGAGCGUUUACAUCUUCAGUAUAUAGAAUCUAUACAUAACGAUACUCUUUGCGAAAUACUGCAGAGUAAUCAACAAAUGCGCGACUUAAAUUUAGCAUACACGUACGAAAGGUUUGGGAAAUACGCAAUAAGAUGGACAACUUUAUGUCCAAAUUUAGAAAAACUAAAUUUAGAAAGAGCAUAUUUAACAUUGCAAGAUAUUGAUGCCCUUGCCAAUUUCAAGAAUUUGAAGGAAGUGAAUUUUAGCCGGGUUUUCCCAUUUUGGAUGGCGGACCGCCAGCAGCACAGCAUAGCCUACUAUAGGAAUAGUUUCCAUAAAUUGUUUUCCUCCUGUCAACGCUUAGAAAAAAUCGACUUGAGCUUUAAUCACAAGCUCACUGAUCAUGAAUUAGAAACUCUAUCGCUGUGCAAAAAUUUAAAAUGUUUAAAGUUGAUAGCUGUAUUGGAUGUACCUGACAUAAUUUUCCUGCAAUGUCCUAAACUGGAAGUUAUCCAUGUUUCGCGUGCAGAAACGAAACAUUUAACUAAUCAAUGGAACGAAAGAUAUCAGCAUAUAACCAUUGUAUAUUACGAGGGUUUAUUUUUAUAG